CCAACCCCCUCGCACUUCCCCCCACACCUAACCCUAACCAUCACGCCCCCCUCCACCACCACCACCACCAGCACCUCCCCAAACCCCUCCCCCAACAUCCUCCUCCUCCUCCACGGCCUCGGCGACACAAGCCAAAACCUCACAACAUUAGCCCGCGCCCUCAACCUGCCCGAAACCACCGUUCUAACUCUCCAAGCCCCCACCCCCCUCCCCUUCGACCUGGGCGGCUUCCACUGGGGCGACGACAUCACAUUCAGCCCAGCAGGGGACCUGGACAUGGACGCCGGAUUCACGCGCUCCACGAAUACCAUAAUCAAGGAGGUGAUUGUCGACACAUUGUUAAAAAAGUGCGGGUAUCGGGGUCGGGAUAUUGUGGUGUUUGGGAUCGGGCAGGGCGGGAUGGUGGGGUUGGAGUUUGCUAGACACUUCAGGGCUUCUUUGGGGGGUGGUGAUGGGGAUGGAGAUAAGGAGCUGGGAGGUGUGGUGUCGAUUGGGGCACCGGUGGGGUUAUCUGGAAAGGCGCCUUCAUCAGGGACUGGGAGUGGGAAGAGUAGGACGCCGGUGUUGAUUGUUGCGGGCAAGGAAGAUGGAGGGGAGAGGAGUACGGCGGUUACUGCGGCUGGGGUGAGGAGGACGAAGGAGUGGUUUGAGUUUGUCGAGGUGAGUAGGUAUAAGAGGCGUGGGGAUGGGAUGCCGAGGAAUGCGGAGGAGAUGAGGCCUGUGAUGGAGUUUUUGGCUAGGAGGUUGAGGAGUUAUAAGGGGGUGCCGGAGGGGAGUGUUGAACUUAGUUGA